AGCUCAGGUAUGCAAAGUUAGGGGCAGAAGCAGAGCAGCGAGGAUGGAAAGUUAGGAUUUGUCCAGUGGAAGUAGGAUGUAGAGGAUUUGUAGCAAGGUCUGUUGUCUCUUUGGUAAGGGAGUUAGGAGCAAGUGGACAGAGUGUGAGGAAAAUUGUAAAGGACAUGUCAGAUGAGGCAGCAAGAUCCAGUCAGUGGAUUUGGAUGAGAAGGAGUAAUGGUAGCUGGGGGCCCAGCAGGGGGAGCACUUAGGAUAGAUAGACUCUUAGGAGAAGCAAGGAAGAAAUCCAGGAAGAGGAAGUGUUUUUAAGUGGGGGUGUGGCCUGUGUGAGCCUCUUUGAGACCAUGCGGUUAGUCCAGAGAAGAAGAAGACGAGGACGCUUUUUCACAAAAACACGCCUAACAAUGGAAAACAGGACAUCAACAAUGCCUGCAGUAUUGCAGCCGUCCUGGACACCUCCCCCAUCACCUCGACCAUCGCCAUCUCCUCCUCCAUCUCUGAUGAUUAGGACACCCCUGAUAUCUCCAGUGUCUCUACCACCCCCUGCUGACUCACACAAUGCAGUGGGGGUCGGCUCUGCUGUCGACAACAACCCGACUGAUUAAAGGUGUUCCAUAAUGGCAGCUCCUGCUGUUCUGCCGAUCAUCUGUGGUGACGAGUCUGACUCGAGAAAACUGCCCCUGGUGUCUGAAAUUCCAGCAACAGUGGAAGAACUGCUUACAACAAUAAAGAUAUUCUUUCAAUUGAAAGAGGAUUUUCGGUUGCAAUACAUGGAUGCUGACUUUAAUACAUUCAUGACCAAACUUCAGUGUAUGAAAUUCAAAACAAAAGCACACUGAAAGUAAUAUACACCCUGAUCUUGGCACCUGAGGAGCCCUACAUCACCUUGUACCAAGUAGACUUAACUGAUGAAACCUCAAGUACCACUGUCCCAGAGCCUCAAACAACUAUAACUCAUCUAUAGCCUCAUCCUGCAGUGAUGAUACCCCCUGUCCACAGCAACCCCACAUUCAUCCGAAGAAGUUCAGCUCUCAGGAUUGUGCUGACCUCGGGGUUUUGUGGUCCCCAAGUUCACUUACGAGGCUGAAUUUGAGCUACAGCAAAAGAAUACAGAGUUUGAGAAAAAUGGCACAUACUUCAACAUUGGCCCAAAGCUGAAGGGAGUCAUCCUUGAUGGCCUAGCUCAAGAAAUGAUGAAAUACACAAAAUACCCAAAAGACUAUCAAUGUGAAGAGGUAGCAGAAGCUUUGAAUUGUUUGGGACAGCUGGGAACCAAGACAGGUUUUUGGGGUUUGAAACAAUCACUUAAGUAUAAAGUGCAAAACUGUCAAAGAAAACUCGGGUGACUAGGACAUCCGGAAAUCCGUGUGAACUCCUUGAAGCACAAACGAGAAGGCCAGGGCAAAGCUGCAGCACAACAUCAAAAAACCAAGAAAGGCUGAAGUUAACUACAUUCCUCUGCACCCAAAAGUUGAAACUGCAGAGAGCUUGGAGGAUGAGAGAAUCGCUUUAUUAUCAGAAAUGAAAAAGCAUGACAAUGAAGUGGUGAUAAAAGCAAAAAUGGAGAAGACCUUCUCCCACAUCCACCUGGAGAUUGUGGAGCAGAGGCCAAUGAUAGGAGACUUGAAAGACAGAUGGCCUGCCCUGUUUCAGGAAAGUGGAGUAAGCACAUCCGUACGUGUGUAUGCCAGGGUGAACCUAACUUCUACUCAAAUUACUGCAAUUAAAUAAAUUUUCCCUUUAGAAA